AUGCAACGGGUACUCGAACAACCGUAUCCUCCUUCGUUUACAUUUAACGACCUUGAUGUCGUCCAGAACUCUCGCAAGUCUUCCUACCCUUCUCCACCCUCGGCCGCAGCCUCUACCCACAGCGUCCACGGUCACAGUGGCUUCAAAUCGCCAGAAUUUGGACAGGAAUCACUCUCAAACUUGUUCUCAGAUCCGCUAAUAUCCCAACUCGACUUUGGCACAGACGAUUUCUUCUUCCCUCCCCCUCCACCCCCAGCAAAUACCAGCUUUGAGUCGAUGAACUUUUUCUCGACGGGAGAACAAGACGAUAUGCUCGAUUUCCUCAGAGAUUUUGACGCAGCGGACCCCUGGGAGUUUAAUCCACUCCUCCCGUCUACGAUGCCGGCUUAUCCCGGGGACAUUGUGCUCACAGAUGACUCACGAAAACAACAUUCUCAGCAUUCUCAACAAAACCAACAUCAGUCACAUCAGGCUGGCAUGAUGCUGCCAAGUACCCAGAGCGAGCUGCCACUCCAUCACCAGUAUGGCAACGGCCAUGCACUCGCUUUCCACCAACAGCAACAGCAGCACAUGGACCAAGGUCCUUUUCCAGAUUCUGUAUCCGUCCACUCGAGCUCGGGCACCGCCAUGCCAGAGGUCCAGACACCCCAAGCACAGACCUCUUCCCCGAGUGCAAAUACGACUACAUCCUCAUUACACCAACACCAACAACAACAACAUCAUCAUCAUCAUCAUGCACCUCCUUCGACAGCCUCGAGCAGCAGCCCCAGCGCAUCCACUGCUGGCGGUGGUCGCCCUCCUUCAAAUGGUCAACAAGAAUGGCGACCGAAACCAGUUCUAUCCGGACCACAGAAGCGAAUGAACCACGUCAAGAGCGAAAAACGACGACGGGAUACGAUUCGCGACGGCUACCUUACGCUCACCAAGAUGCUUUCGCCCAGUGGACCUGGCGCGGAACAGAUUGCGAUCCCACGGAGAGGGAGACCCAAGGGGAGUGGGAGGACGGUGAAUGGCAAAAAGACGGGAAAGGGAAAGAGUGGGGUGUUGUUUCGAGCGGUCGAGUAUAUUCGGUUCAUGGAAGAAGGAUGCGAGGCAUUGGAGCGAGAAUGUGAGCGAUUGGAGAGACUUGCAUUGGGGGUGGCGACGAAUACGCAAGGACUACGGAUGCAUAGCGGUAACGCGACGUAUACUCUGCAGUCUGUUCCGUGGUAG